UCUAUUAGUUUAAUCACACAUCAACAACACCAUAUCGCACCACAAACGAAUAAGAAGACCUACUGUUGCGACAUGUGUAGUCAGCAAUUUACGUCUAAAUUUACUUUAAUCCGACAUAUCAGAACACAUAAACUGCUGGAACCUUAUCCAUGCGGAGUUUGUAAAGAAACAUUUGCAAAUAUGUUAAUAUUGGAUAAGCAUUUAAGAUUUCACUCUGCAGAGAGACCGCACGUGUGUGACGUAUGCAACAAGCGAUUCGCAACAAGAGCCACUUUAAAUCAACAUAGAAAAAUUCACACUCUAGGGAAACUAUACAAAUGUAAAGAAUGUAACAAGCAAUUUACAAGAAAAUGUAAUUUAGAGACCCACAAAAGACUCCAUAGUGACGUGAAACCAUACAAAUGUAAAGAAUGUAACAAGCAAUUUACACUAAAAGCUCAUUUAAAGAUCCACGAAAGAGUCCAUACUGGAGAGAAACCAUACAAAUGCAAAGAAUGUAACAAGCAAUUUACACAAAAAUGCCAUUUACGGACCCACGAAAGAGUCCAUAGUGGCGUGAAACCAUACAAAUGUAAAGCAUGUGACAAGGAAUUCACUCAAAAACAUCAUUUAGUUAUCCAUGAAAGAAUCCAUAGUGGAGUGAAACCAUACAAAUGUAAAGAAUGUAACAAGCAAUUCAGAGGAAGACCUGGUUUAAAGUGCCACGAAAGAGUCCAUAGUGGCGUGAAACCAUACAAAUGUAAAGAAUGUAACAAGCAAUUCCAAGGAAGAAAUGCUUUAAAGUACCACGAAAGAGUCCAUAGUGGCCUGAAACCAUACAAAUGUAAAGAAUGUAACAUACAAUUUAUACUAAAAAAUUCUUUAGUUAUCCAUGAAAGAAUCCAUAGUGGAAUAAAACCAUACAAAUGUAAAGAAUGUAACAAGCAAUUCAGAAGAAGAAAUGGUUUAAUUUACCACGAAAGAGUCCAUAGUGGCGUGAAACCAUACAACUGUAGAGAAUGUAACAAAAAAUUCACACAAAAAUCUUCUUUAGUUGUCCAUGAAAGAAUCCAUAGUGGAAUAAAACCAUUCAAAUGUAAACAAUGUAACAAGCAAUUUACAAGAAAAUAUCAUUUAAAGAUCCACGAAAGAGUCCAUAGUGACGUGAAACCAUACAAAUGUAAUGAACGUAACCAGCAAUUAAGUCAAGAAGAUAGUUUAGAGACAAAUAAAAUGAGUCACAUCGGAGAGAAGCCGUAUAGAUGUGAAGAAUGUAACAACCACUUUACAUUAAAAUCUGAAUUAGAGAGACAUAAAAAAAUACACACCGAUGAACAAUCAUACGAAUGCGAAAUAUGUGAAACACUUUUUUUCGAUGAAAUAAGUUUAAUGAAACAUGUUGAAACACAUAUAUCCAGGAUACUAUAACUUUGCUGUUUCGUAAAAUGGUUUAUAAUUAUAAUAGCUCAGUUUAAUGUGGUUAAUCCAUCGACAGAGGCGUAGCUAUACGUAGUUGUUUUAUUCUGAUUCAGUCAACAGAAUUUCACUCCACUGCUAUUUACUUCACCAUAUUGCUAGAUACAUUUUCACAGACAAAAUAUCGUAUAGUCAACCGGGUGAAGCUAUGUAUAAUCUUAUCUGUGAACCACAUUUGUACAUAUAACUGUUUAUAAUGUUUCAUAUCGAAUUGAAAAGUUAUGGAGUCGAAUUGAAGGAGUAAAACGCGGGGGUCUGAGCAUACUGGGGGCCGAUUUUUGAACACUCGAAAAUCGGUGGAAAACAGCGAAAUGCUACUUUUUGAAAUACGAGUGAUAGAAAUUGGAAAUCGUGUGGUAUUGACCAGCUACUAAGUGUAGAUGUAGAGAUAUUUCCACGGCGGCGGCCGGAUCACAAUGACGGACGCAUUCUUUUUAUGUUCCAAGGAUUCUUUACAAAGGCUACGAGCCUUGUCCGGCGAUGGGACUCCUUUAGUUGAUCUACACAAGGCCCAUAAAGGAACACUCUUGAAGGGCGCAGGCUCUCCGGGACAGUGUUUGUACAGUCAACCAACUUGAUUCCCAUAGGCCACUAUAAAACCUUGUCUCUGUAACUACUAUAUAAAUGACAUACAACACUCAAUAAGCACUGGCGUAGAGGAUGAACAAGUGUUUCAUUAUGACAUGGUUCUACAUGUGGUGACCUAGGAAUCAAAUUGGCUGACUGUAGGUACAUAUUUAU